AUGGCAAUGGGGAACAUGGAUAUGACGGAUAUGGAUAUGGAUAUGGGGAGCACGUCCCUUGGUGGUGAUAUCACAACUAUCAACAAGGCCUAUGCAAGAAGCUACUGGUAUUUUAUCGCAGCUUCUGUCGUUCUAUUCCUCAUAAUCCGUACCGUCAACUUCACCCUAUAUAAGUCAAGGUUACGCAGGGCCAGAUCACACUCAGUGCGGUUUCCUACGAGGCCUACGAACUUCUUCUCGCAGCUAUGGGCGACCCUAACUGCCGUUUGUAGGGAGAUGAGCUACCCACAACUUUACGUUUCGAUCCGAAACUUGUCAUGGCUAACACCGCCACCUAUGGGUCAUAUCAUCCUCCUCCUACUCUACUGGGCCGCUAUUAUUUAUAUCAUGUUUAAAGAUGCGGUGAUACUAGAUAUCAAUUUCAUGGAGAGAUUAGGGUAUCGCAAUGGUUGGGUAACAGUUACGCAGGUGCCUCUCCUCUAUCUAUUAGCCUCCAGGACCAACGUAAUCGCCCUGAUCACUGGGACCAGCUACGAGAAGUUAAAUUGGCUCCACCGAUGGGCAGCCCGGACCAUAUUGAUUACCACGACUAUACAUGGUUUCUGCUUCUUUGCCGGCUGGGUCGAUAGCGGCAUAGUCGGCGUCGAACUUAAUAUGAUGAACAUGGUCAAAUACGGUUUUGGCGCUUGGGGAAUUUUACUAUGGAUGAAUAUUACAUCCUUUAAGCCGUUGCGAUCCAUAGCAUACGAGGUUUUUGUCAUCCAGCACAUCUUGGCGGCUAUUAUAUUCCUAUGGCUUGUCUACGUUCACGUUCCUGUAAGUGCCAGGUAUAAUGUGUGGUUUGCAGUCGCCGCGCUUUGUUUCGAUCGGGCGUUCCGUCUCGGUCUCUUGUUCUGGCAGAACACUAAGUUGCGCCCGGACCGCUCAUGCUGUCAAGGCGGACAGUUGAUUGGUCAUAAGACGCAACUCUCCCAGGUUGGCGAGUCUAUAACAGUGCUCACUAUAAAGGAUGUUCACUUCAAGUGGAGGGCAGGACAGCAUCUCUAUUUGUGGCUACCUAGAGUAGCACCAUUUGAAGCCCACCCGUACACGAUUGCUUCUGCUCAUCAGACUCCGGAGACGUGUAUCUGUAACAGCAUUCAAUUAGUAAUACGGUCUCAUUCAGGGUUUUCCAAACGGCUCAGACAAUUUGCGGGUAAACAGGAAGCAAUGGGAAAGAAGCAGGCUCUCACAGCCUUAAUCAUAGGCCCGUACGGAAAUCCACCUCGAUGGGAUAUUUUCGAAACGCUAGUCCUGAUUUCUGCAUCGACUGGGGCGUCAUAUACGCUUCCUAUCCUGGAGGACGUGCUCCGCUCUAAGAAAAGAGCAUGCACCAAGCGUGUAGACUUUCUUUUAACGGCUAAGCAGGGCGAGGAAGUUAGUUUCUACCACGAACGUCUGCAUGAGGCCAUGGAAAAGGCGAAGUCGGUAGGUAUCGAAUUAGUCGUUCAUAUCGCUGUGACUGGGGAUGGGCAACUUGGAACACUAGGUGCCGUGACUUUUUCAUCGUCUUCAACUUCCUCAACACAUGAGAAGAAAAUGUUCGAAGAUGUAAAGGUAUCGGUUAAUGUUGAAGGAAUUGUUCAGCCGUUAAUGGGUAGGUCGCGUAUGAACCUCUCAGAGACAGGCUCCGACUCACAUAUUCACCACUCAGCGUCAAGACCGGACGUAGCCAAGUUCAUCAGGGCGGCUGUUGAGGCUACUGGAGGAGAAACGGGGAUUGCGGUAUGCGGCGGGCAAUCCUUAGUGACUACAGUGAGAACCAGCGUGGCGAAGCUGAGCGACGAACGCGCGGUACAUAAAGGCACAGGUGCCCAGGGGAUUUACUUGCACGUAGAGGAGUACUGCUUUUGA